AUGGCUUCCUCUUUUUACACUGCUGAUGUGGCGUCAGUUCUUGCUGACAUCACGCCCUCCAACGGUGUUGAGCCCACCGCUGGUCCUCCCAAGAACGAGGAGGCCAUUAAACUGGCUCGCCAAUCUGGCUGGGUCGAGCCGAAAGCGAACAACUACACCUCCCGUGCCCCAACCGCCCUGCUCAACGGCCAUGACGGCGAGCCUGAAGCUGCAGCUGAAGACGAAGCUAGCGUUGAAGAAGCGGCCGUUAGUAGAUAUGCCACCAGUAGUUGGUCUCACGACGCAGCCAAGUACGAAUGGAAGGAAGAGUACGGUGAUGUCGGGCCACGCGACGAGAAGCUUGAGAAAGAUCUCUUCCGUGGCGAACAUAUCAAUCGUGCUGGCAUCAAGUUCGAGAAUCUUACCACUGUCGAGGUCACGGUCGAAUCCGAGACUCGCGUCAACCCCGUGUCUAGCUUUAAGGAUGCUGGCUUGCACCCAGUCAUUCUCGAAAACAUCGAGCUCUGUGGUUACCGUGCCACGACCCCCAUCCAGGCCUAUACCAUUCCAGCGGUGUUGACUGGUCAUGAUAUGAUUGGCAUUGCUCAGACCGGGUCCGGUAAAACUGCAGCUUUUCUGAUCCCAACCAUCUCCAAGUUGAUGGGUAAGGUCAAGAAGCUUGCUGCGCCUCGACCCAACAUUGGUCAAGGUUUCGAUCCCUUCCGCGAUCGAGUCCGCGCUGAGCCGUUGAUCCUUAUCGUCGCCCCGACUCGCGAACUCUGCUGUCAAAUCUUUGAUGAAGCUCGUCGCCUCUGCUAUCGCUCUAUGCUUCGUCCGUGCGUCGCAUAUGGUGGUGCUCCUAUUCGAGACCAAGCCGCUCAGCUUCAGCGUGGCUGUGACCUGCUUGUCGCCUCCCCAGGACGUCUCCUCGACUUCAUGAGUCGUCCUGAGCUUCUGUCUCUUGCCCGUGUCCGAUACACAAUCAUUGACGAGGCUGAUGAAAUGCUUCACGAUGAUUGGGGGGGAGAGAUGUCGAAGAUCAUGGGUGGUGGCGUAGAUGCCAAUACUGAUGGUGAUCAUCGUUAUCUCCUCUUCAGCGCGACUUUUCCCAAGCGUGUUCGUAAGCUAGCCGCCAAAUAUCUUGCAUCCGACUACGUCCACGUCAGUGUUGGCCGCACUGGCAGCGUCCAUGUUAACGUCAAGCAACACAUCAUGUGGUGUGAUGGUGACAAAAAGAUGAAGGCUCUGUACGACUUGUUGAUCUCGAUGCCGCCCUCGCGUACCUUGAUCUUCGUCAAAUUCAAGAAGACUGCCGACUUCGUUGACGAUUACCUCUUCAACCUGGGUCUUCCCUCUACGUCCAUCCACUCUGAUCGAACCCAGAGUGAGCGUGAGGAUGCGUUGCGUUCGUUUAAAGGUGGCCAGACUCCGAUUCUCGUUGCGACUGGUGUUACUGCCCGUGGCCUCGAUGUCCGCAAUGUUAUGCACGUCAUCAACUUCGAUCUUCCUUCUGCCGAUCACGAUGGGAAGAACGAGUAUGUCCAUCGCAUUGGUCGCACUGCUCGCAUCGGUAACGAAGGCCUUGCCACUUCCUUCUACAAUGAAAAGGACGAGGCAUUGGGUCCAUUCCUCACCAAGAUCUUACUCGAAACCAACCAGGAUGUGCCCGAAUUCCUCGCACAUUUCAAGCCCGAAGGUGGCGAUCUGAAUUUUGACGAAGAGGAGGGGCCCGAGUUCGAGGGUGAUGCUGCUGGUGAUAAAUGUGGUAAUGGAGGCAACACUGCUUGUGCCGGAGAUGUAUGGGGCGCAGGUGGUGACACCAAUGCUGCCAGCAGUGCUUGGGGCGCGUCUGGCGGGGCUGCUGCACCAACCAACGAUAAUUGGGGUUCCAACAACGCCGAGGUUGGUGGUGGCGGAUGGUAA